AUGUGUGAAGUCCGCAUACUGCCUAAAAACUAUCAGCAUAUUCUGGCCUUGGCAUUUGCCAUAAAGGAGAUCAAUGAAAAUCCUCGGAUUUUACCUAAUCUCACCCUGGGCUUCCACAUAUAUGACAGCUAUGAUGAUGCAAGGAGGACCUAUCAAGCCAUUCUGGUGCUUCUUUCAGGAUUGAAGGGAUUGGUCCCCAACUAUAAUUGUGACACACAAAAUAAUCUCAAAGCAGUCAUUGGAGGGCUUGAAUCCCAUAUUUCCAUGUAUCUGGCAACUGUCUUCGAUAUCUAUAAAAUUCCACAGCUCAUAUAUGGCCUUGCACCAGUAAUGAAUGAUAAAACUCCUGGUAUUUCCUUCUACCAGAUGGCACCUCCAGAAGACCUUCAGUACAAAGGGAUACUCUCCUUGCUUCUCCAUUUUAGGUGGAGGUGGAUUGGGUUUCUUGUUAUGGACAAUGACAAUGGAGAGCAAAUUCUGCAACAUGUAAUUCCGCAGUUUUCCAAGCAUGGUGUGUGCUUUGACUACAUAGAAAGAUUACCCAAAUUUAAUUUUGACGAUAAUAUUUUUGAAAUGGUAGAAAAGGGGAUAAAAUUAAAAAAUGAAGCAAUAGGUAGCAAAACCAAUGUAACAGUGGUGUUUGGAGAAUCUUAUUCUAUGGUCCUUUUGAGAAUGUUGGAGUACACAUCACAAACUGAACAGGAGACAAAUACACCAAAAGGGAAAGUAUGGAUAAUGACAUCCCAGGUGGAGCUCUCUUCAUUGGCUUUUCAAAGGACAUGGGGAUCUGAUAUAAUCCAUGGUGCUUUGUCCUUCACAAUUCACUCCAGUGAUCUGCCAUCCUUUAGAUCAUUUGUUGACCUCAGAAACCCCUUCAACACAAAAGAAGAUGGUUUUCUCAAGGAUUUCUGGCAGCAGGCCUUUGACUGCAUUUUCCUCAAUACAGUUGGAGCCCCAGUUGAUGAAGGCAUUUGCACUGGGAAGGAGAAGCUAGACCAUCUUCCUGGGCCUAUUUUUGAAGUGAGCAUGACUAGCCGCAGCUACACUGUCUACAAUGCUGUCUAUGCUGUGGCCCAUGCUGUACAGAAUAUGUUCUCAUCUGGACUCAGACGCAGAGCAAUGAGCAAAACAAACAGUAAGAAGGCUCAGAAUUACCAGGUGUGGCAGCUCCAUCAGUUUUUGCAAGGCAUUGUUUUUAAUAACAGUGCAGGGGAAGAAGUUUCUUUGGACCUUAAGGGGGAGUUGGUAGCUGGAUUUGAUGUGAUCAACUGGAUUCUUGCAAAAAAUCAAUCUGUUCAUCGUAAGAAGGUUGGGAAGGUAGAUUGCCAUGCUCCUUCAGAUCAAGCAUUUACCAUCAAUGAGAAUGCCAUAGCAUGGAACAGCUGGUUUAACCAGACACAACCAUUUUCUCUAUGUACUGACCCCUGCCAUCCUGGUUCCAGCAAGAGAAUAAAGGAAGGGGAGCCAUUUUGCUGUUACGAUUGCAUCUCAUGUCCAGGAGGGAAGAUUUCAGACCAGGAAGACAUGAAUGACUGUCAGCCAUGUGCGGAAGGAAGUUAUCCAAGCAAGGAGCACAACUCAUGUCUUCCAAAACAUGUUAGCUUCUUGUCCUAUGAAGACCCUUUUGGGAUGAGUCUAGCAACAUGUUCUCUUUCCUUCUCUUUCAUCACAGUUCUGGUGUUAGCAAUAUAUAUAAAGCACCACAACACUCCCAUUGUGAAAGCCAACAAUCGGGACCUCACUUACAUUCUCCUCGUCACCCUCUUGUGCUGCUUUCUUUCUGCUUUGCUCUUCAUUGGCCGUCCUCAUGAAGGCACGUGCCUCCUGCGUCAAAUUGUCUUUGGUAUUAUCUUCUCGGUGGCUGUUUCCUGUGUGCUGGCAAAAACCCUCAUAGUGCUGCUGGCUUUCAUGGCUACCAAACCAGGAUCCAUGAUGCAGAAAUGGGUGGGGACAAGACUUGCCAAUUCCAUUCUUCUUUUUUGUUCCCUUAUCCAAGUAGCCAUCUGUACCAUGUGGCUAGCAAUUAAUCCUCCAUAUCCAGAUGUUGACAUGUACUCGGCGACUGAAGAAAUUAUCUUGACCUGUAAUGAAGGGUCUGUGACCAUGUUUUACUGUGUCCUUGGCUACAUGGGUUUCCUAGCCACUGCCAGCUUUAUUGUAGCUUUCGCAGCCAGAAAAUUACCAGACUGUUUCAAUGAGGCCAAAUUUAUCACUUUCAGCAUGCUGGUUUUCUGUAGUGUUUGGUUAGCCUUUAUUCCAACCUACCUCAGCACCAAAGGAAAAUAUAUGGUAGCUGUGGAAGUCUUGUCCAUCUUAGCCACCAGUGCAGGCUUGCUGGUCUGCAUCUUUUCCCCAAAAUGUUACAUUAUUCUUCUAAGGCCAGAAUUGAAUAAUUGGGAGCAUCUAAUAAGAAGAAAGACUUGA